AUGCCGUCAGCACGACGAGUACGCCUCUUGAUAAUGGUGGUCAUGGCCACCGUCAUCACUACACUUUUCUUCACUUCACAGUGGCGCGCAUCGCACGAUCAAGACUCUCGCACGAUACAAGACUUCUACCAUAAAACGGUUAAUGCCAUGGAUCAGAAACGGGGAAGCGGAGGGGCCCAAAUACCCAUGGGUGGCAAGGGUAUCGUAGUAAACGACGCCAAGGAUAAGGACGGGGAUGGCACAAUUGACGAAGACGACAAGCAGAUGGCGGCGGAGAUGGCGGAGCGACUGCGGGCGGCCGAACAGAAAGCCAAGGAAAACGCCAAUGCAAAGGCGCCGUUGAGGCCAGAUGCGCCGCACCAGGUAGUGGGCGUUGGAAGCUCAGCAGGCGGCCAGAAGAAGGCAGCAAACGCGGAGACAGAGGCCGAGGCCGAGUCGGAAGAGGAGCAUGCACUUGAGCAGACGUUGAACGAUAUUUUCAAGAGGUCUCCAGUCAUCAUCUUCUCCAAGUCAUAUUGCGCCUUCUCGAAACGAGCGAAGAGCGUGCUCCUUGAGAAGUACUCCAUUGACCCGCCGCCAUACGUUGUCGAACUUGACGAACACCCACUGGGCAAGAAGUUGCAAGAGAAACUGGGUCAAAUGACGUCGAGAUUAACAGUUCCCAAUAUUAUGAUCAACGGCAAGAGCAUUGGUGGCAGUGACGACAUUGCCGAGCUCGACGCGAGGAAGACCCUGAUAGACAAGGUCAAGUCUAUGGGCGGGAAACGAGUGUCGAUGAAGGAGAGGUUUGUCGGCAACUCCAACAAGAGAGAAUAA